ACGGUCGGAGCGCCAGCCACGCGCCUCCCUUCAAUCUUGCGCGACUUCCCGUGGUCUGCCCAGUAAUUCCGAGGCCGAGAGGAUCUCCCAGCAUAGCUGCCUCUAACAGGUCUGGUACCUGGGCUGGACGCCCUUCACACGCAGCAACCUGGACACAAUGGCUUCCAACAACCACCACCCACCGCGUCCGACCCUUCAGAUGUCCUACUCGCAGAGCAGCAUGGGCUCGGCCAACGGCAUGACUUUUUCACAGUCGCACAUGGGCUCGUUCAACGCUUCUCAAUCUGUAGCCUCCACCCCCCGAGCUACUCCGCCUCCGAAAGCCUCACACCAGUCGACCAUGUCUUACAGCUACGCCAAUGGAUUACCCAAUGGACCUAGGGGUAGUUUCAGUACCUUUGAAGACAUGCAUGGUUAUGGCACUGUUUACGAAGAAUUCAAACCUCAGAUUUACAAGGCCGUCUACUCCAAUGUCGCCGUCUACGAAAUGGAGGUGAAUGGGGUUGCUGUGAUGAAACGCCGCACCGACUCUUGGCUCAACGCCACUCAGAUUCUGAAGGUUGCAGGCGUUGUCAAGGCCAGACGGACGAAAACACUGGAGAAAGAAAUCGCGGCUGGCGAGCACGAAAAAGUACAGGGUGGAUACGGCAAAUACCAGGGGACUUGGGUGAAUUACCAGAGAGGUGUGGAGCUGUGCCGCGAAUACCAUGUUGAGGAAUUGUUGAGACCGCUUCUGGAAUAUGACCAGGGCCCCAAUGGAACGACCGGAAAUGCACAUGACUCCUUGGACACUCCGACGAAGGAGCAGGCAAUGGCUGCCCAAAGGAAACGCCUCUAUAACCACAUGGACAACCGUGGUAUGUCCCAGCCGCAGCAGGGCACCUUCUUCCAGAACAUUUCUCGCACUGCUGCUACUGCGGUCAAUGCUAUGAGCAAAGCCCGCUUCGACUCACCCGCCGCACGUGGUGUUGACGGAAGGAAGUCGAGUGCCAUGCGAAAACCCUCACAGCAGCUAAGCAGCCAAGAUACUCAAAUCCCAUUCAACAGCCAACAGAGCCAACAGAGCAUGUACAGUGUUGCAUCCGACAGCGGCUUCGCAAGCAAUGUCCAAAGCAACGGUCGGUAUCCAGGUCCCGUUGGCUCAGGCUUCGAAUUUGAGGAGUCGAACGAACCUCCUCGCAAACGCAUGAGAUCUGCUUCCAACCAUGCGCCAACUUACGGACUUCCCUAUGAACAAUCAACUUUGUCAAUGAACGAACCAACUCCCACUGAACCCAACGACUCAUUCUACCAAGACAUGGAUGUCUCCAAUUCCAUGGUCGAUGGCACCAAGCGUGGAUUUGAGCCUUUGCAACCUGCCACUACACCCGAGAGAUUCCAGAAGAUGAAGCUUAUCAUGACGUUGUUCUUGGACAAGAGGACGAAGGACUUUUCGAAGCAUCCUGCCUUGAUGCAACUAUCUGGAGAAGACCUGGAGAUCCCGUUGGACGAAUACCGUAACAAUGCACUUCAUUGGGCGGCAAUGCUUGCUCGCAUGCCACUUGUGUAUGCACUCGUGGAGAAAGGCGUCAACAUCUUCCGGCUGAACGGGGCAGGUGAAACGGCCUUACAAAAAUCAGUUGGAACGAGGAACAAUCUCGACUAUCGGAGUUUCCCACGUCUACUACAGGUGUUGGCCCCUACCAUUGACAUGGUUGAUUAUAGUGGGCGAACAGUACUACAUCACAUUGCCGUGAUGGCGGCAACUGGCGGCGGGGGCCAUGUGUCGGCGAAACACUAUCUAGAGGCUCUUUUGGAAUUCAUUGUUCGCCAUGGUGGUUCUUCAUCGAACCAGCCAGGACAUGCUGGUGUCGUGGAGAAUGGGCUAACCCAACCGCAAGCCGGGGAGGUCAUAACGCUGGGUCGGUUCAUAUCUGAGAUUGUUAACCUUCGAGAUGAUCAAGGAGACACUGCGCUUAAUCUGGCGGGACGCGCACGCUCUGUCCUUGUACCCCAGCUUCUGGAAGUCGGCGCAGAUCCUCAUAUACCGAACCAUACCGGUCUGCGACCGGCCGAUUAUGGAGUGGGUGUGGAUAUGGUUGAUGGCAACGGCCAAUCCCAACAAGCCGGGAAUAGGAAUGACUCCUUCAUGGACCAAUUGGCCAAAACCAAGAAAGAGAUUCUAGACUCGACAUUGGCGCAGAUCACUUCAUUGGUGCACGAGACGCUAGGCGGCAUCGAUAGGGAUCUGGCUUCCAGCUUGACAAAGAAGCAAGAAAAAUUCGACCACUGGCAUGCUAAGAUUCGCGAGUCGGCUAAAGCCCGGCAGAUUGAACAGAAGCACCUGGACGACCUGAAGAGUAGAGCUUUAGAGCGCAUUGAACUUAGCCGUCGAUGCAAGAAUCUUGAGAAGUCGUCGGAAGACCUCCUUACUAAACUGAAAGAGACAGAGGGAGGAUCGUUUGAUCUGUCCAAGAAGUACUUGGUUGGUGAUGCCGACAAGGAGUUCGGACUAGAUAUUGCUGCGUUCGAAGCGAUCUUCCCUGACAACUUUGAUCCGAGUUCUGGGUUCUCCGAGCAGCAAGCUGCUUUUCUUCGCUCGUUUCCACCUGCAGAAAGCAUACAGCAACGAAUAGAGGGAUACCACAAGUUCAACGAUGACAUACUGGAAGAGGUGGAGCGCCUUAGAUCCAAGAACGUCGUUCUAGGACAAAACUACCGUCGAGUGGUCAUGGCUUGCACCGACUGGACUGCCGAGCAAGUAGAUGAAGCGGUAGAAGGGCUCACGCAAUGCGUCAAGGACCUCAACGAUAAUCCAGUUCCUGAGGAUGAAGCUAUUGAGAUCCUGAUGAAGGACCGGGGUCAAGACUGGUGAUCUUGUCCUCUGACGGUCCUCCAUUCGAAUUUCAAGAGUACAUACAUCACAUUUUACUAUUUCUUC